AUGAGCUGUCCUUUAGAUUCUAAGAGACUUGAAGAAAUCUGUGCUGAUGCUGCAAAGCCUGUGCUUCAAGCAACUGAAUAUGAUGGUGAAAAAAGCGCCGAAAUAAAUCAAACUGUCAUUUACGGUGUUUUGAAUGCCCUCAACAAGGAAAGCCAGUCUUACAAGUGGGUUGUUAGUUCUACGUUGGUCCAAAAGUUGCCAGAUGACCAUCCUUCUCGCGGUGUCCAUGCUGCUCAUGCUGCCUGUUGGAACGUUGAUAAAGAUGGAAUGACGACAAUUAAAGAAAGCGGCCAGGCCAUUGAUGUGAUCUUGAGCAUUAUGUGGAUAUCCAUUUGA